ACCGCCCAACGUCAAACGCAGGGAGGCGCAAACCCAGGGGCUCCUCCUCCUCCUCCUCCCCCACCUCUAGUCGUCUUCGUCUUCUUCUUCUGUAAUCAUCAGCUUCUCUCUCUCUCUCUCUCUCUCUCUCUCUCUCUCUCUCUCUCUCUCUCUCUCUCUCUCUGUGGUUCAGUUCAGGGAGUAAGGAGGAGCAAUGGCGGCUAUCUCGAGGUAUUGGGUGGUCUCUCUCCCUGUCCAGGACUCCGCCUCCAUCCUAUGGAGCCGACUACAGGAUUCCAUUUCCCGCAACGCCUUCGACACCCUUCUUUACAGGUUUAAUGUUCCGGAACUCAGGGUUGGCACUUUGGAUUCCCUCCUUGCUCUAAGCGAUGAUCUGUUGAAGUCGAACAACUUCGUCGAAGGCGUCUCGCACAAAAUACGACGGCAGAUCGAGGAUUUGGAGAAGGCCGGCGGGGUUGAAAGCGGGACGCUUACCGUGGAUGGAGUUCCCGUUGAUUCGUACAUCACGAGGUUUACUUGGGACGAGGCGAAGUAUCCAACCAUGUCGCCAUUGAGGGAGAUUGUUGAUGGCAUUCAUGCUCAGAUUGCAAGGAUAGAAGAUGAUCUGAAGGUCCGUGUGGCAGAGUACAACAAUGUCAGGGGUCAGCUUAAUGCAAUAAACAGAAAGCAGAGUGGCAGUUUGGCAGUGCGGGAUCUCUCAGAUUUAGUUAAGCCAGACGACAUUAUUGCAUCUGAGAAUUUGGUGACACUUAUUGCUGUUAUUCCUAAGUACUCACAGAAAGACUGGUUAUCUAGCUAUGAGACAUUGACUAAUUUUGUGGUGCCAAGAUCUUCCAAAAAAUUGCAUGAAGACAAUGAGUAUGCUCUUUAUACGGUUGUUUUGUUUCGUAGAGUUGCUGAUAAUUUCAAAACAAGUGCCCGUGAGAAAGCCUUUCAGGUUCGAGAUUUUGAAUAUUGUCCAGAAACACAGCAGAGCCGGAAACAGGAGUUAGAACAGCUCGUCCAGGAUCAGGCAUCAAUGAGAAACUCUCUUCUACAGUGGUGCUACACAAGUUAUGGAGAGGUCUUCAGUUCGUGGAUGCACUUCUGUGCUGUUCGUAUUUUUACUGAGAGCAUACUAAGAUAUGGACUACCACCAUCUUUCUUGUCGGCAGUGGUAGCUCCAUCAGCUAAGAAUGAGAAGAAAGUCAGAAGUAUCCUGGAGAGUCUGUGCGGGAGUAGUGCAAACAACACCUUCUGGAAAGCUGAGGAUGAUGCAUCAUUGGCUGGAGUAGGCGCUGAUGCUGAUGCACAUCCCUAUGUCUCUUUCACGAUCAACUUUAUGUGAUUACGGAGGGUCUGCUUGUCAAUUUCCGAUUAUGUACGAGGCAUUGCUGAGUUAUUUAAUAAGAAAGAUGAAGACUCUAGAUACGCUGUCUGCACUGUAUACUAUUCUUUUUCCAUACGUGUAAGAUCAAUCCGAAAUGCAAUAUUGAUUGCUGCUGUAACUGUCUAGGGAUUUUAACUUUUGUAAUCUCAAGUGCGAGUCUUGGUUGCAGAAUGUGAUUCUGCUGACUGUUUUGGCAUGUUAGCCUAGGACCCGUGACGAAAACAUGCUCAGGGAGCUUAGUUGCCUAUAGUUCUAUCUAUAUGAGUAUCGGAAACAUUGUUAUGAUAAUAAUAUGAUUAACAAUAAAAAUCUGGUUUGGGAUGAGUUC